GUGAAGGACACGUAAUUGAAAACCUCAGAUUUCUCAAUUAAGAGGCUUUUUAUUUUUGACGACAGAGUAAGAAAACAAAGAGAAGAAGAUGACGACUCGAAUAACUCCUGGUGUAGGAGCUAAUCUUCUCGGCCAACACGCCACUGAAAGGAACCAAGACGCCACCAUCUACGUCGGGAAUCUCAGUCCUCAGCUUUCUGAAGAUUUGCUUUUGGAAUUGUUCGUACAAGCCGGACCAGUUGUUAGCGUCUUUAUUCCAAAAGAUAAAGUGACAAAUCUUCAACAAACAUUUGGAUUUGUUCAAUUCCGUAAUGAGGAAGAUGCUGACUAUGCAAUUAAGGUUUUUAACAUGAUUAAGCUCUAUGGGGAGCCUAUACGUGUUAAAAAGGCAUCUCAAGAUAAGAAGAGCUUGGAUGUUGGUGCUAACCUUUUUAUUGGAAACCUUGAUCCUGAUGUUGAUGAAAAGAUGUUGUAUGAUACUUUUAGCGCGUUUGGUAUGGUUGCUGAUCAUCCUAAGAUAAUGCGAGAUCCCGAUACUGGAAACCCACGAGGUUUCGGUUUCAUUAGCUAUGACUCUUUUGAGGCAUCUGAUGCUGCUAUUGAGGCAAUGAGUGGACAAUAUCUGAGUAAUCGUCAAAUAACAGUCUCUUAUGCAUACAAGAAAGACACCAAAGGAGAGCGCCACGGUACUCAAGCAGAGAGGCUUUUGGCUGCUACAAAUCCAAGUUCCCAAAGAAGCAGACCCCAUACGCUAUUCGCAAGUGGCCCGGCCUCUACGCAUCUUAAUGCUCCUAAAGUUAACGGUCUACCACGUCCGUUCGCUAAUGGAGGUAUGCAACCUGUCCUGACCCCGGCUCCACAUCCACCACCACCACAAGUGUAUCAAACUCAGCCACCAUCUUGGCCUUCUCAGCCACAACAACAACAACAUGGCUUAGUGGUUCCACCACCGCCCAUGCAAUUCCGUCCGCCUCAAGGGAUGCAGCCGCAACAACCACCACCUCCUCAGUUUCAUCACCACCAACAAGGUUUCGGUGGUCCGAGGCCGCCACCACCAUAUCAAGCCAUGGGAAUGCACCAACAUGGCUGGCCACCGCAACAUAUACAGCAAGGUGUACCACCACCACAACAACUGCCUAUGCACCAUCAUCAUCACAUGUCUAUACCUCCACCACCACCACCACACCAAGGUUGAUGAAUUUUGAUCAUCUUUUGAGUCUUGGACGAAAUCAUUAAAUAAAUUCUUUCUUCCAUGACAAGUAAUCACAAGGAUUUUCUCACUUCAAUUUUAGAUACAGAGAAACAUCCCAUAUCCAAACAAAAGUUACAAGAGACUAGAGAGAGUGAUGUUCCGUUAUCAGAGAGUGUAGAAAAUUACUGCCCAUGCAUGUCUUGUUUUUUUAGUGAUGUUCUUGUUUGUGUUGCAGAAUCUCUGAUGUCGUUAAAUUAAAGUUUAAUCUGAGCU